AUGCGCGCAGAGAGGCGACAUUUCACACCUGAGUACAAUGAAGGAUCUGGUAGUCCACCCAAGAAGGAUCCAGAUAAAGCUCUGAGCUGCGAAUCCGAUCCCAAUCGUGGUGGUGAAGCGCCUAAGCACGUUAGGAUGCCGUCGCUGCCAACCAUAUCCGAGUUCAAUGACGGUUAUGCUGAACCGCCCACGAAAGAUCCUGACAAGGCCUUAUAUAUGAAUAAGCGUCCGGGAGAUGGCCUUGCCCGAGAGUAUGAGUCUGAAGAGACUCUAGAGGCCGAAUGUUCGCGAGAGAUCGAGUUCCAAGGGGACACUUUCGCAGUUGAAAAUCCAGAUGGAAUUUAUGUCGUUUGCGAUGACAUGAUCGCAUUCUUUGAAGUCAAACACGAGUCUAAGGUGACUCCAAAGGCCGAAAGGAUACGAGAUGCCAAGCUCCACAGUGACAUCCUCACACUUGAAAUGCCGGAAGGCACCUAUAUCAUUUGCGAUGAUGAGAUCGCCCUGUUCGAAGUCAAUGGCGAGUCUGAACCAAGCAGAAAGUCGAACAUUGCACGAGUCCUGGACUCAGCCAAGAGGACAGUUUCCGUGCUUGAGACGCCAGAGGGCACCUAUGUCAUUCACGGUGGCCUUGUGAUUCUCUUUGAAGUUGCCCAAGACGCGGAGCGCGAAAUCCAGUUCAGACCCAGCCUAGCGCAAGAUGGGACCGAGUUCAAGGCUAAAUCAGAGCCAAAGUCCCUCAGCCUCAGCGAUGAGCUUAAUUCGAUGCCGAUUUCAGUCACUCUUACGCGCGAGUUGAAUAGAGAACAGGAUUAUGAUUUGAUCGACAAAGAUGCUAACAUACAUGAUGUAUUCGACGCAAUGAACGGCCCUACCUCCCGGAAUCUCGUUAGCGCUGGUCCUGGCAAUGGAGCACCCCAGCCCCCAAAGACCCCACGUUCCCCCGACCUAGUCGAUGACGGCUAUGAAUGCCGACCUGAGAAAGACCCCGACAAGGUCUCAAACAUGAAUAAACGUCCGGGAAAUGGCCCAGCCCGAGAACAAGAGUCAGAGGAGACUCCAGAGGUCAAAUGUUUGCGUGGUGUUGAGUCCCAAGGUGACACCCACAUACUCGCGAUGCCGGAGGGCAUCUUUUCUUUCCAAGCAUAAGCCCGCCCUCGUCUUAAACUAAGCCGACCUUUAAUCAUUUCCCAACAUUCUUUCAAGUUUUACGCGUGUUCUUACGAUUCCCGAUGAGUGCAACUUGUGCACUUAUUUCUUGCAUGCGAAACCACGCCGUUUAUUUCUGAGUUUACAAGUUUGGCCCGAGUUGGACGCGUCGUUAGUCCUCGAUGCCACGAUUUCCUAGCCAGAUAACCUUCGUUCGAGUUUGACACGAUAAAUCCACGCUCCUUUCGCUUUCUGUUCGAUUUUCCCCGAUUUUCACGCCGAAGUUGCCACACAGCGACGUCGUACCUGAUGUUGAGGUCGCCCAAGCGCAGCACACUAUGCCACGACCGUACCCGAUCCCACAACGCUAGAUUGUACCGAGCACAAGUCAAAAGAGCC